UGGAUACGUGAACCAGAAGACACUGUAGCAAAUGUAGGAGAUACAAAUAACAUUAUACUGUGAGAUGAAUAACUUACCUCCAACACCCAGAGUGAGAUGGUACAUUUGGAGGAUAGACAUUGAUCCUCAGGCUGAGCAGAGUAUUAGUACUAAUGAAGAUGUAGAGGAUACUUUUACAGCUAUCUAUGAAAUCACUGGAACAUACAAUCUUAGGAUAAAAAGUGUCACCGACAACAGGGAUUUUACCCAAUUUCGUUGUGAAGGCUCGUCAUGCCAGCUUGUGAUAUCAGGGGCCGAUAUUAUCAUAGAAGGAAGUGAUGCCGUACUAACCUGCUCAAGCUCUGGUGGGAAAGAAGCCCCAAAUACAAAAUGGUAUAGAGAUGGAAACUCAAUUACAGACAUGGUUGUGGAGAAUCGCAAUAAAAACUGGAAGACCAAUCCCGGUGCAACAAGUUCAAGUGUCUUGACUAUACCAAAGGUGACACAGAAUGAACACGACAAGGUUUACCAAUGCAGAGUGAGCAACACAGCAACUAAGAACACUCCGUUAACAGAGGAUGUCAAAUUGGAUGUGAAAUAUGGCCCUAAAAGUGUAACAGUUGGUCCAUACUUGGAUUACAAAGUUAUUCAACGACAAGAUAUUACUCUUACUUGUUCUGGUGACAGUAAUCCAUCCCCUACUUCUUACCAAUGGAAGAAGGGAGGUACACCUAUUCCUGGAGCAACCAAUCAGAACUACCCGAUAACAAAUGUUCAAACUUCUCACGAUGGCACAUAUACAUGUACAGUUGCUAAUGGCAUUGGGAAUGAAAAGACAUCUGAGGGUCUUAAACUUGAAACAUUAUAUCCCCCUACUGUGAAUAUUCAGCCGACAUACACAUAUCCAGAGACAGAUUUGCCAAGAAUUAUUACAUGUUCUGCUGACAGUAAACCCAGUCCUACCAAAUAUGUUUGGAAGAAAAGAGGAGAACAAUCCAAACCAGAUGGGCCAACACUGACAAUAACAAAUAGAGGCAAUAAUGGAACUUAUGAAUGUACUGCUACCAAUGAAAUGAAUCCAAGUGGAAAGGAUCCACAAACGGGGAGUGACACAAAGGAAACAUUUGUUGAUGUUCAAUUCAAGCCUGGUGCACCUCAAGCAAUUAGAAGUACUGUGACCGUUCACACUACCUCCACAGCUAUUCUUGAGUGCAGUCUUUCUGAAUCUGAGCAAGGGAACCCUAGAUCUUCUAUGUUCAGAUGGAAAAAAAGUGGUAUAAGCGUUGGUGAACACACUGGAAGAUAUUCAAGGCCAAAUGUUAAUGUGGCAAAGGAUGAUGAUUCAUACACCUGCACACCAUUUAACAAAAUUGAUGAUGGAUCGUCAGCAACCAUUCAGCUAUAUGUUCAAGUAAAGCCGACAUUUACUUCACAAAUACCUGAAACUGUUAGUGUUGUUAACACUGACCCAUUGGAUAUAAAAUGUCAGGACACUGCAAGACCGGGCUCUACCUAUAGAUGGUAUCACAAUAACAUCGAACUAUUGAAUGAUGAUGGAGACAUAUAUGCACAUUCAAGCACACAGUCAAUUAGGGGAAAGUUUACAAACACAGUCAGUACAUUAAGAUGGAAGACAUCAUCUUUUGUAAAAAGACGUAGUGGGAGUGGUGCCGUGAAAUGUAAAGCUGAUAAUGCCGCAGGGACAUCUGACCUUUCAUUCAAUAUAAAUGUACAGUUUAAACCAUAUGGGACUACACUAACAGAGAUGGGAACGGUUACAAAGGUGGAGAAUGAAACACUGAAUGAUGUAAACUGCCACUCAAAUGCCAACCCUCAAAGCACAUUAGAGUGGACAUCAACGGCUACUCAGCCUGUCUCAAGUUCUGGUGGUGUUUUAAAUAUGGGGAAAUUAAACAGAGACCACCAUGGAGGAUAUACAUGUAAUGCUUCAAAUAACAUAGGAUAUGAGACCAAACAAUUCAACAUAGUUGUUAAUUUUCCAUCAAAAGUGAUAAGUUUGUCAUCAUCCUCCGGGACAACCAUUGUAGAAAACACAGAAUUCACCGUGUCAUGCAGAGUUGAAGGACGCCCGAUAUCUAAUGUAGGGCUUUACUUGGAUAACCAGAGAGUGGAAGGACCAAUUAAAAAACAUGAAUUGGAUCACUAUGUUAAAAGUGCCUCAUGUCGGAACAUGGGAACAUACAUAUGUGAGGCUUACAAUAACAUUACAAACAAACUUGGUGAUAAACAAGAGAUCUCAGUUGAAGUUCUUUGUUCCCCAACAGAUGAUGAUACAAAUCCUUCACAAACUAAAACUUUUGCAAAUGUUGGGGAUGAUAGGAGUUUUGUUCAUAAUAACAUCGGCUUCCCAAUGCCUGAAUUCAAAUGGUUCAAGCUAAACGCUGAAAAUCACACAUAUUCGCCCCUGCCGAACCACAUCUCCACGUAUGUGAACACAUUUAACAGGUACACCCAUCGUGCUGUGAUGAACAUUCAAGGAGUGAAAGCAACAGACUUUGGAAAAUAUAUUUGCAGAGCAUCAAACGUUGUCAGUAACACAGAAAAGAUAUUUGAACUUGACGCAA